AGCACAGAAGUUAUUCGCUUUUUUUGUCAACUUGCCGAAAUUUUUAUUUCUCUACAGUAUUUUCAUUUUCAAUUAAAAAGAAAAUACAUUUUUCCUUAAUUUGAACUAUUACAAAAAAUCCUCAUCAACCAACAAAGAAAAAAUGAGUUACCGUGGCAUCGGAGGUGGUGGGUAUCCCUACAAAUCGUCAAGUCGUGGAGUUGCAAUGAAUGCAGUUCCACCACCUCCGUCGACUUCUGCACCAAUCGGCAGACGCGGUGUCGGUAUUGGCUCAGAUCGAAAACCUGGAGCGAGCAGUGGGCUAUCAAAACAUGGCUACACCACAAUGGAUUCGAUAAGUCAGUUUGCCAGCACUCAACAAUCGCUGGGCAAGCGCAAGGCUCACACAGAAGACGAGUACUUUGACGACGAUGAGGAUCAAACGCCAGAAUUGGCUUAUAUCCCAGCACCAGGCAGUCCAGGUGCCGUGAGUAAGCAAGCUGCUGCUUCUGAAAGCGAAGAGGAGGAUGAUCCUCUAGACCAAUUCAUGGCUGGCAUCGAACAACAAGUUCAAAAGGAGAAAGUUCGUGCGCAGAAGGCAGAAAUUGCUGUCGCCUCUUCAAUGGAAGCCAAAGGCAUCCGAACAGAUAUCGACGAUGAGGAUGACGAGGAGAGCUACUAUCGGUACAUGGAAGAGAACCCCAUGGCAGGCGUUCGAGAUGAUACCUCAGACGUAGAAAUUGACUACGAUGAAGACGGGAACCCGAUUGCUCCACCAAAGAACCGCAAUAUCGAUCCUUUGCCACAAAUCUACCACUCGGAAAUCGAGUACGAGAAGUUCGAAAAAAACUUCUAUGCUCCACACGAAGACAUUGCUGCUCUGUCUGAUUCUCAAGUCGCUGAUCUUCGGCGAACCUUGGGAGUCAAAGUCACCGGACCAGAACCACCAAAGCCAGUCACGAGUUUUGGUCACUUUGGCUUCGAUGAACCACUGAUCAAGGCGAUUCGCAAAGCAGAAUACACUCAGCCAACUCCAAUCCAAGCUCAGGCUAUACCAGCUGCUCUGGGAGGCCGUGACAUAAUUGGUAUUGCCAAAACUGGAAGUGGUAAGACUGCUGCUUUUGUAUGGCCAAUGCUGGUGCACAUUAUGGAUCAGCGAGAGUUGAGGGAAGGUGACGGACCAAUCGGGCUCAUCCUGGCACCAACACGAGAACUCUCCCUUCAGAUUUACAAUGAAGCCAAAAAGUUUGGUAAAGUGUACAACAUAAAUGUAGUCUGCUGCUAUGGUGGUGGCUCGAAAUGGGAACAAAGCAAGGCUCUGGAGCAGGGCGCAGAGGUAGUGGUGGCAACACCAGGUCGAAUGAUUGACAUGGUUAAGAUGAAAGCAACAAAUCUCAGACGUGUUACGUAUUUAGUGCUCGACGAAGCAGAUCGCAUGUUCAAUAUGGGGUUCGAACCUCAGGUCCGUUCCAUUUGUAAUCACGUCAGACCUGACAGACAGACGCUCCUCUUCUCAGCGACCUUUAAGAAGCGCAUUGAACGCCUCGCCAGAGAUGUCCUUACUGACCCGGUGCGCAUAAUUCAAGGUGACUUGGGCGAAGCCAACCAGGAUAUUACCCAACAAGUAUUUGUCUUCAAUAAUCCCCAGCAAAAGUGGAACUGGCUGUUGUUGAGGUUGGUGGGAUUCCUCUCACAAGGCAGUGUUCUUGUGUUUGUAACCAAAAAGCUUGAUGCCGAAACCGUGGCCAACAAUCUGAUGGUCAAGGAGUACAGCUGUUUGCUCUUGCACGGAGACAUGGACCAAGCCGAUCGUAAUAAAGUUAUCACGGCAUUCAAAAAGAAAGAUUGCGACAUCCUUGUGGCCACUGACGUUGCCGCCCGUGGUUUAGAUAUUCCGCACAUUCGAACAGUCAUCAAUUAUGAUAUUGCCCGUGACAUUGAUACUCACACGCACAGAAUUGGCCGAACUGGUCGUGCUGGCGAGAAGGGUAACGCAUUUACCCUUGUCAGUGACAAAGACAAGGAAUUUGCUGGCCAUUUGGUCAGGAAUCUCGAGGGAGCCGAUCAGGAAGUCCCGCAAGACCUUAUGGACCUCGCCAUGAAGAGCUCUUGGUUUAGGAACUCCAGAUUCAAGAACAGCAAGGGUAAGAAAAUUAAUGUUGGCGGUACCGGAUUGGGAUACCGUGAGAGGACUGGAUUUGGCAGUGCCAGCAGUGGUCGUAGUAGUGAUUACUCUGAAAGUAAGCCCCCAGCAGGAGUGGCGCCAUCAACAAUGACCACUAAACCAGCUGGAGGGCCCGCAUCGGAUAGGUACAGCGCAAUGCGUGACGCUUUCCGCACACAAUACAUGUCACAGUUUAAACCAUCGUCAGAUCGCACAUGGGAGCAGACAGUUCCCGAGGCAGGAGUUUUUGCCGCCCCAGCACCACCGCCAUCAUUUCCACCCCCAUCCUCCAACAAAACGCCCGCUUCCUCUACUCAAGAUGCCACUAGCAAGCGUGGAAAGAAAAGUCGAUGGAAUUAAAAUGCUUUUUUUUAUUAUUAUUUUUCCUGUAGUAUUACAUAGACAAACAAACAAAUAGCGAUUGAUUAAAUAAAAAAAAACUUAGUCUUAUGAUAAAAUAUAUAAUUCUAGUAAACAGCGCCUGCCCGCUUGAACUUGAUAUGUACUCGUUGUCCUGAUUUUGUUUGGUUUUUCAUACCCCAAAUUUUUAAAUUUUACAUCUACACUUUUAUUCUGUUCUCAAUGUAGUUUUUUUUGUGUGAAAUGAAAACAAAAAUUUAGAUCUUAAACAAACGAAACAACUAUCACGCAUCAUACAUACAUAAAUUACGUGUAUUUUAUUGAAAUAUAUAAAAAAAAACAUAAUUAAAUAUGUUGAAACAAA